UAUAACAGUUAAUUUUAGUGGGUGUAAAAAGAAAAGUGAAUUUUUAACAAAAAAAAAUUAUAUCAAAAUGCGUUCGUUUCAAAAAGUGAUCGUUGUGUUUAGCGCCCUCUUGGGGGUUAGUGUAAUUGCCCAACAACAACAAGCUGUUGAUCCUGCAUACUUACGACAAUAUUACCAGCAGCUAUCUUCACAACAAUCUGGUGGUAAUCCAGAAGCCACUCCUAUCUAUGAACAAAACGAACAACAACAACAACAAUAUGUUAGUCCUGGACAACAAAUCAGGGUUAAGGAUAAUGUACAGGAACAGAUAAGAGCACAACAGCAACAACGUAAUUCACAAGCCUAUGUGGCACCAUCUGUAAGGGAUUAUUUGCAACAACCACAACAGCAACAACAACAACAAUAUCAGCAACCUCAACAAGUUGUUUAUAGACAAUCGCAACCAGCUCCAGCCCCACGUCCACGUCCACAACCAAUUCAAUAUCAAUCUUCAGCUGCAAAACUUAAGCAGCAAGAGGAUGAGGAAUACGAUGAUCAAAACUCAUCAUACCAAUUUGGAUUCGAUGUUAAGGAUGACGAGUUUACCAACUACCAAAAUCGUAAGGAAGUACGUGAUGGUUCAGUAAUCAAGGGUAGUUACUCGGUUGUUGAUUCGGAUGGUUUCAUUCGAACUGUUAAAUAUACUGCUGAUCCUAAAGAAGGUUUCAAGGCUGAAGUUAUUCGAGAGCCAACUGAUAUUGUUGUUAAAAUACCAACACCUGCCCCACAACAAUUAUUGCGUCAGCCACAAGGACAAAGUGGUCUAAAGCCACAGGAAUAUACUAAGGCACAACAAUAUCAGCCACAACAAUUCCAUCAAUAUCAACAAUAAGCUGCCACAAUUUAGAUGAUUUUGGAUGCUAUAUUAGGAAUGCAACAAGUCGCGAGCAGUCUGUAAAUAGGAUCCAAAAACGAAUAAAUUAUGCGAAAUUUUAGUCUGACAAAAAACUUUUCGGAUAGGUAAUGCAAAUAGAACAUUUACCUUUUUUUUACUAUUUGUUAAUGUGUGUGUAAAUUUAGUUUAAAUAAAUUA